AUGACUUGGAGCCGCCUACGGCCUGGGAAAGUCGACGAGUCCAAACGCACUAGGAGACACAGCAUCCUAGAUGCUAUCCCACAACAAGCCGAUGAUGCUGGCCAAAAGCCCAACCUCCGAAAGCCUGAGCCUCAGCCGGAUAGAGGAUCAGCUUCUCCUUUGAGACAAUCUAUUGUGCAAUCAUCCGAACAAGCUGUCGACCCUCUGUCGAACAAUUUACCAUCUUCUAUCAAUCUAGAGCCUCCUCCACGACAGCGAUUCAGCUUCCUAGCUAAACGCCAUGUGUCCGAUCCCCAGCUCUCUAGAACCGCACGAGAUCAAGCAUGCGCAGUAUCACCUCCUCUCCCAAUAGCACCUUCAAUCAAAGUGGACGCCAUCGACUCAUCUUCGCAGCAAGUACCUCUAAGUCCGCCUUCCAACCAUGAAAGCCUUCUAGAGCCUUCCCAAAAGUUGAAACCUCAAUGCUCUCGCAAGUCACUACAAGAGCGAAGACACAAUGUUGGCCAGGCCACAAAUGACUCGAGUCGGGCGAAUUCACGAGCGAGGGAGUCGCGAAUUACUUUUGAUGAACCGGAAAAGGGUCGAGGGGUCAAUAGCCCCCCAGCUUACGGCGAUGAAAUUAAUUCUACCCUGGCCUUACCUGUCUCGAGGCUUUCUGAGUCUUCAAAAUCGGACGGCAGCUUAGGAGAGCAUGUGUAUGCAGCUACAACAACCCAAACAGUUUCCACCACAACGACCUUCUUCCGUCUUCCAGGAAGGAAAAAAAACAAAGGCCCCCUUUUUCCACUUCCCGUAAGAAUACCACCGUCCGAGUCUUCCUUUCAUACGGGUGCCUCACCUUCUGCGUCAGCUGCCGUAACGCCUUCUGAAGAGUAUUGUCGCUCAUCCCCUGCCCGAAAACAACCACUGAGGUGCUCAGAAAGCACCGAAGCCCCUUUUCCUUUACCUUCACCAGGACAUCUCGAUGCUUCUAUGAGAAGAGAUUCGACCAAUUCUGCUCCAUCAGGACCCUUGCCCUUUGGCAAAAGAAGUCAGUCAAAGCAGUCUCUCCAACAACAUGCGGAUGAUGAUCCUACAUCUACACCUACACUACCCCAGUCUGGCAGGACAUCAACCUCAACCGGGAGAGCAAGCCUGGGUGGAUUGUUCAACAUGGCACGCUUACGGCAUAAUUCGGAACCGCAUCAACCGCGUUACAGCGGUAGCCACCCUCCCUUGCCUGGCACACCAAUCUCCGUUGGAUCUAAGUCUCACUCUUUCACCAUCAGUCGGGAGCCAAUUUUGGUACCUGACCGCGAAGACGGCGACACACCCGCAAAAUACUUAAUUCGCCUGGAAGAAGCUGUGAGCCGCGGGGCUGUUGCCACAGUCCUAUCUCUUUCAAAUGAUGACUUCAUGAAGAAUGUGUUGCGAAGCUACCUACGAGGCUUCAAGUUCUUCGGAGAUCCACUUGACAUGUGUAUAAGAAAAUUUUUGAUGGUUGCAGAGUUGCCCAAAGAGACUCAGCAAAUUGACAGAGUAGUUCAGGCCUUUGCAAAUCGCUAUCACGAGUGCAAUCCCGGCGUGUACGCCACACCAGAUGAAGCUUACUUCGUGGCAUUCUCUCUACUCAUUCUCCACACCGACGUUUUCAAUAAGAAUAACAAGAAUAAGAUGCAAAAACCGGACUACACGAAGAAUGCAAGGGGCCAGGGAGUAGCCGACGAGAUCUUGGAGUGCUUUUAUGACAAUAUUUCUUACACUCCGUUUAUUCACGUUGAGGAUGAUCUUGAUCUCAAUAGCGAGCGCGCCGCUACCACCAAGCGCAAAAACCUCUUCACGAAGCAAAGUACUGAUGCGGCGGGUAGACCUUCUCGCGAACCUGUAGACCCUUAUACUUUGAUCCUUGACAACAGACUAGAAUCAUUGCGGCCUUCACUGAAGGACGUAAUGGAUUUUGAUGACCACUACACUUACCAGGGAACGGGACCGCCAUGCAAUUUCGGACAGCUUCACAUAUCAUUCUUCAGAUAUGGAGUUCUGCAGAUACUUUCCUCAAGGUCGAGACCGGACGCGUUUACAACCCCUGAAACUGUUGCCAACCCUGCGGACGCUCAUCCAGGAUUAGUAGACAUCAAGGUAACAAAAGUAGGUAUUUUGUGGCGAAAAGACACCAAGAAGAAGAAGACUCGAUCUCCCUGGCAGGAAUGGGGUGCUAUUUUGACCGGAGCGCAACUGUACUUCUUUCGCAAUUCUGGUUGGAUCAAAACACUGAUGCAUCAACAUGAUUCCCACUCGAGAUAUACUUCCAGGGGCUUGCCUGUCGUUUUUAAACCGCCUUUAGAGCAAUUUAAACCUGAUGUCUUGAUGUCCACCCAAGAUGCAGUCGCGUUGCAAGAUACGUCCUACAGGAAGCACAAAAAUGCCUUCACCUUUGUUAGGCAUGGCGGUUUAGAAGAGAUCUUUCUUGCGGACAAUGAAACUGAGUUGAAUGACUGGCUUGCGAAGCUCAAUUAUGCUUCUGCUUUUCGGACCACUGGCGUCCGGAUGCGCGGAUGGAAUGGUCAAAAUCCAGAGAUAUCAGCAAAACAGGACAUUAAUCGUGUUGAUACGGAUAAGACUGGCCACUCUCAUGAGUCCUCUGUCAGCGAGCUUGUGUCUCCACAAGCUCCUCUCGAUUCACCACUGGUGCAGCAAAUCCAAAUUGCUAGACGCCAAAUAAUGACGCAAAAGAUCAACGAAGCUAACGAACGGUUGAAAGAAUUGAACAAUCUUCUUGACGUGCAUCUGAGGAAUGCAAGGCACCUGCAAAUUCUUGCACCCGUACAGAAUCGGACCCGGGAGCGAAUCAUCUUAGCAGCUGGCAGCAUGUCUGCAAAAAUAAAAUGGACUCGAGUCGACAUUUGGCGGAUAAAGUGCUACCACGACAUACUCAUCAAAGAUUUAGAAGAUGAUAUUAGCAGUGGAGGGAGUCUUCAGUUCGCAGAAGGUCUGUCUACAUUACCACCAAAAGAUACUACACCUGUACGCCUAAGGUCAAGGCAACACGAGCAAAGCGAGGACAUGGGAUUGAUUUCCCGGGUCGGAUCAGGUGGUGAGGGGGAUACAAGGCCGGCGACACAACCUUCUCCCGCCCAACCGUUCAGUAUGGACGAGGUCUUCGAAAUGCUUCAAACAACACCGAUCACGAAUGGUCACAAAGCGAAAGGAUCAUGGGAGUUGCCACCACUGUCGUUCCAGCCAUCUAAGGCACUCCCCAACUCAGACAGCACUCGCGAGCCGGCGUUGGCUACGCUUACAACCUCAGGUGCACGAGAAUCAUCACAUAGUGUCAACGAGGGCUUGAAGGCUUCUGACGCUGGGGACAUUGGUACACCAUUGACGACGCCGCUUGUUCAUGAUGCUAAUCACGAACAAGAAGUUCUCAGGGAUGCUGGGAUGGUGGAGCCGGAAAGCCCCCCACCUACGAUCAGGAAACGGCCAGAGACUCCAACUCCAAGCCAGGACGGUGACUCUGCCAAGUUCAAGUCUCCAGAAGCGGAAAUAGGCGAGGGACGGACCAAGGUUCGUCGAAGUCUCCAGCGAACGCUUCGAGACUCAACGCAUACCCCAAGCCAUCACCGAAGUAGGAAGGGCAAGGAAUCUUCGAGUAGUGCAGGAUUAGUUGACGUGAUUUCCGCGAAAGCUGACAGCGAGGGUCUAGCUCGAAGCCCAGGGAGUUUUACUGUCCAUGGUAAGAAAGCGUCUGUCAUUAAUCUUGGAUCCGAGUGGCAAACGAUUUCACGCGACGAGCGUUUGAAGGGUCGGAAGGAUCGCCAGGAUGAUGGCUCAAGAUUACUCUUACCUUCCGUGGUCCUUGAUCAGGAUUUGUCGACCCGCUCGUUCUCCAACCAGAGCCAAAGGCCUGUAUCCGCCGUUUCUAUCAGUACGACCACUACCAGUACGACGCCCUUUCAAGAAGCGUCAGAAGGACCUCUUUUAGACACAGGUUCUGAGGCGGACUCCCGCCAGGUCCCCGAGCUUGUGGAUUUGUAA